AACGUCGACGCAGUAGCAGCAGCCGCGAGAGAAGGACCUCGGCGCAUACCAGGCAAGCCGAGAGCUUAGCGCGCGCGAAACGAACAGAGACAGCAGCAGCUGCCUCGCGGAUUCUAGUGAGAGAGAGAGAGAGAGAGCGCGAGUGUGUAUCAGUGCUGCUGCUGCUGGCUGCUGCCUGGCUCGAGCGAGCGAGUGUAGUGUCAAGUCGGUCCCCAGGAAUGUGGCACUUCAAAAUGGCUGCCAGUUACUUUAGUAAUUUACGGCCGUAUCUCUCUUUGUUGUCGACCGUGUGAGAGAGGGAGAGAGAGAGAGAGAUAGAGAGAGAGAGAGAGAGAGAGGGAGAGCCCGAGAGCCGAGCAGCAGUGAACGCGCGAGCGACAGCUGCUACGCCGACCCCCAGGGCAGCCACCGAGAGCAGAGCGCACCUCAUCGCCAGGGCCGCGGCUCGCCAGCGGCUGCAGCCCACAGGCCCCUGUCUGUCGUCGUCCUCGCCAGACCAGAGAUUUCUCACACGCAAGCGCGCCCCCGGAGAGCGCGAGGUUACAUUCGCCUCUGCCCAGGACAAGAGCUGCGCUAACACGACGAUCUCUGCUCUCUGCUGGAUACGCGCACCACCUGCAGCGAGAGCUUCCUCUCGCGCGGAAUAUGCGCUCGCAAGUGCGGCCCUACGGCUAGCUCGGAUGGGAUCGACGUGAGGAUCGUGUCUGGAUUUUGGAGCAGGCCUACUGUUGCUCCAGGAAUCGAGGAGCUCGCGAGUCGAAGCGUCGACGGGGAAUGCGCGGGUGUUGUGGGCCCAGAGGCCGAGAGUCCGUUUGGCAAGUGGAGAAUACUGAGGGAGAUAGGUUAGUGUGUGCGUACAUGCCAGGACCAGCUGCUGUGUCUCGAUGGGCUUGCUCCUGAGCCUGAACCAUCGAUUGCUAGGCUGGAGGAUUAUCGCCAAGUUUGCCUGCAGUGAUGACAAUGGAUGGUGAGAGGGCUGCUACUGUUGCUUGUGACCAAUUGGUGCCAAGAUACUCCACUUGUACUAGUUUCUCACGAUUCCUUGUGCCUUGAUGAGCUUUUGCUGUGAACUCUGUGUUUCAAACCAUGUCAGCCAGUGCCUUGUGAAUAAGACUUCUGUUGUGUUGUUAUUGUUGUUCAGAAUACAUAUAAGAUGUUGAUUAUGAGUAUUAUAGUAUUAUAAGGUUACGCACCGUUUGAUACUGAACUUUCAAGAUUAUGAUCUGACUUAAAUGUGCCUUUUGCGCCAGUGGUGUAUUUAUGUUUUUGCCAAAUUAAAGCUAGGUCCCAAAGGGCCUAGCAUGGGCCACUAUGAAUCCACCUGCGGUCAGCAAGUCAAGCACGCGUGCCUCUGGAUACCAUCAGAAGGCAUUAGCUGAGAUCCGUAAUUCAUUGCUUCCAUUUGCGAAUAUUGGUGGUACAGGAGAAGUUGGAUCCAGCGCUGCUAGUACAAUAUCAACACUUUCUACUACUAGCGGUGUAAGUUCGGCUUCUGGUCUCAGUGGUCUAUCUGGUGCAUCUGGAUCAUUAGCAGAAAAGCCUGAUCAACGUCAGGCUAUAGCACAACUCGUGGGGAUGGGUUACACAGAGGAGUUGAGCCUACGGGCUCUGAAAAUGACGGGUUGGCGUCUGGAUGCUUCGGUGGACUACCUAAAGCAGGCUGCUGGUUGUCAUCAGGUUGACACUUCGAACCUCAACGGACUUAGCAAGCUCAAUACCAAGCUCAUUCGUAAACCGAGCCUGGAGCGCGAGCUCUCACUGCAGCGCGGUUCGCCGGCCCUUGACAGCGGAGCUGGUAGCUCCCGCUCUGACAGUCCUCGGUUACCCGCUGAAGCGACUGGCCUUAGUCCUCAUCAUCCUCAGCUUAGUAGGCAAUACUCGCCAAGUGGUUUCGUGGAGCGUGAGCCACCCCCGCCGCCACCGCCUAGGUGCAGCUCGACGCCACCGCCGCCGCCGCCGCCUCACGCGCCUUACAGUCCACCUAAUGUGCCCACUAAGAUGCAAGAGAUGUUGAAGCGUAUGUCACCCGCACCUGUUGUUCCCAGUAGGGCGCCUCUCGCUGCACCUGGUAGCAGUGGUUCCGCGUCGGGCUCGGUCAAUAUGCCACAAAGGGGCACCAGUCCCGUGUCUACGUCCAGCGCUAGUUCGGCAGGAAGACAACCUAUGAUUGUUCAAAAUGGACCACAGGUGCAACAGCAGCUGUCGCAGCAGAUGCAGGCGCUGAGCAUUUACCAGUCGAGCAACAGCGGCUCGUCAACGCAAGUGGAGCCUCCGCCGCCGUAUCCGAUCGUCUCGUCCUCUACGGCGGGGCCAGUGCAGCCUCCCUCGUAUAGUGCUUCGAUGCAAAACCGUCAAAGUCCGACGCAGUCUCAGCAAGAUUAUCGCAAAAGUCCAUCAUCGGGUAUUUACUCUGGCCCGACUUCCGCAGGUUCACCAAGUCCUAUAACUGUUUCUACUAUGUCACCGAGUAAUCAGUCCCAGUCGAUGGCGCGACCAACACCCCUUCAGGCUUGGGGUGCCCGUCAGGCCAAGACCCAGCCACCAAUUAUCAUGCAGUCAGUCAAGAGUACUCAAGUGCAGAAGCCCGUACUGCAGACUGCCAUUGCGCCCACCUCUCCGCAGCCUAUCUCGACGACGAGUAGUACACCGCCACCACCGCCCAGCUACGCUACUUCAAUACAACAGAAACAGCAAGCCCAGCAGCAAGCCCAGCAGCAGGCUCAACAGCAACAACAGCAACAACAACAGCAGCAGCAACAGGUUCAGCAACAACAACAGGUGCAGCAACAACCAUCGCCACCGGCGUAUCCACCUGUGGUGGGUAACAAUAGUGGAGGCUGUGGGACACCUGGUGCAUCCAUCAGCAUGGGGGUUCCGGUUGGUGUACCUACGACUGAGCCGCCGAGUUACGCGACAACGAUGCAGGCACUCGCGGCUCAAAGAAAUAUUCAUCAUCCUUUGCCACCGCCGCCGUACGGGGGACCUACGGGUGAUGAUGCAUGUGGGAUGGCCAUGGGUUCGACAGUGGAAAGUGGUUCAGCGCUUCGUUCCUCGCCCGUAGCACACCAUCCGCCUCUUCAACGCAAAUACUCACCAGCUCCCGUGCAAGUUAGCGACCAAGGUGGAGGCUGCCAGCAGCAUCCCUCGGAGACACCACCACUGCCACCCACAGCCUCGAGCUCAGUCUCGACUGGCCAACGUAAUAACAAUCAUCAGUCGCUGCCGGACGGCGACAAAAAGGCGAGUGCCGGCAAUGGGACCGGUGGACUUAAUCAGUACAAGAUUAAACAUCAGUCACCGAUACCCGAACGUAAGCACAUGAGCAAAGAAAAGGAAGAAGAACGCCGAGACUGCAAAGUGCGCAACUACUCGCCUCAAGCGUUCAAGUUUUUUAUGGAACAACACGUCGAGAACGUACUCAAGUCGCACAAACAGCGGCUGUAUCGGCGCUUCCAGCUUGAAACUGAAAUGCAGAAGAUUGGCCUGAGCGCUGAAGCUCAGUGUCAGAUGCGGAAGAUGCUUUCGCAAAAAGAGUCCAAUUAUAUAAGAUUGAAACGAGCCAAAAUGGACAAAUCUAUGUUUACGAAAAUCAAACCCAUCGGUGUAGGAGCUUUCGGCGAGGUGACGCUCGUGCGAAAAUUAGACACCAACCAGUACUAUGCAAUGAAAACGUUAAGAAAGGCCGAUGUGCUAAAUCGCAAUCAAGUGGCUCAUGUCAAAGCCGAGAGAGACAUUUUAGCCGAGGCAGAUAACGAAUGGGUCGUCAAGCUUUAUUACUCGUUCCAGGAUAAGGAUAAUCUAUACUUCGUUAUGGACUACAUACCUGGCGGUGAUCUUAUGUCACUGCUAAUUAAGCUUGGCAUAUUCAAGGAGUCGUUGGCUAGGUUUUACAUUGCCGAGUUGACUUGUGCCGUGGAAAGUGUUCAUAAAAUGGGUUUUAUUCAUCGGGACAUUAAACCAGACAAUAUACUGAUAGACAGAGAUGGACACAUCAAAUUAACUGACUUUGGACUUUGUACGGGCUUUCGCUGGACGCAUAAUUCGAAAUACUACCAGCAAAAUGGCCAUGGCAAGCAAGAUUCGAUGGACCCAUCCGAUGACUGGAACAACGAGUGUCGCUGUUUGCAACUGAAGCCAUUGGAGCGAAGAAGACAUAGAGAACAUCAGCGCUGUCUAGCUCACUCUUUGGUCGGUACUCCAAAUUACAUAGCACCUGAAGUCCUUCAACGCACCGGCUACACGCAACUUUGUGACUGGUGGAGCGUAGGCGUUAUAUUGUACGAAAUGUUGGUGGGUUCUCCACCAUUCCUGGCCAAUACUCCAGCGGAAACACAGUAUAAGGUUAUCAACUGGGAAACGACUCUUCACAUCCCAAAACAAGCUAACCUUUCUGCAGAGGGCAAGGAUCUGAUCUUGAAGUUAUGCGUUGGCGCAGACCGGCGACUAGGAAAGAACGCGGAUGAGGUCAAGUCGCAUCCAUUUUUCUCAAGUAUUGACUUCGAGAAGGGUCUGCGUCGCCAGGUUGCGCCACACAUACCUCGCAUCCAGUAUCCGACAGACACGAGUAAUUUUGAUCCCGUCGACCCAGAUAAACUCAGGAACUCUGAGUCCUCGGACUCGAACAAGUCCGACGAGCUGCUCGAUAACGGCAGACCCUACCAUGGCUUCUUUGAGUUCACAUUCAGACGUUUUUUUGAUGACGGCGGUGGCCCUGCAUAUCCUGGUCGAAUCAGUUUGGACGACAAUGACAAUCAGGGGCCGGUUUACGUAUGACAUUAGGCCUCCUGACGCGCGGUAUCGCACGUCGACAAUCGGGAUAAGUGCUGCAUGGUACAUAUAUGUUUUGUUGGUAUUUAGAGUUGUUGUUCAAGCGCAAGCAUGCGCCAAUUUUGAUCAACCCGGAGCUAGGACACUUUCGUUAAGUGUUCUAAGGUUGAGGUACUUUUUGUUGCGUUUGCAAAUUUGCGGAAAUUCGUUACUGAACUGUGAGAAAGAGUCGAGCAAUUUUAAAAGGUGCCUCAUAAAGACAAUAAUUUAGUCGUCGAGACUCGAUUAAUUUGACUAAAUUAGUUGAUCUUUUUUUACUGUACAUUUUAAAGAAUUCUAUUUUAGAUUCUAUUUAAACAAAUGAAAUUGUGAUUGAAACGAAUUUUAUUCUUAAAAAUUGGGUCUUGUAGAUUAUAUACUGGAUCCACAUAUUGCUUGGGAAUUAAUCGAAACAAACGAUUUAAGAUAAUUGUACAAUUUUAUCGAUUUCAAUGGAAUCGUCCAGCCUAGUGAUCGCGCGCGAAUACUCGUCAAAUUAGGAAAUAAAACAAAGAAGAGCAGAAAUGGAGAUUUAUUCACGUAUAUAAAGCAAAUGUAAUGCUAUUGACGCCCCUGGGAGAAAACUCAUAAGACUUGAAAAUACGGCCGGGUCCGGGCGUAUCGGCCGUCGGCGUUUGUCGGUGACGUACAUUUCUACAUUUUUCUUCAUAAAUACUUUAGCUUGCCAUUUUUUCAAUUAUUUGGAUCGGCUUUCAAGUACGGAGAAAGUACGCGUGUUUUUUUAGUAUGUUUCAGCAAGUACUGUGAUAUUGCAGAUAAUAGCAUAAUCUGGCUUACAUUAAUUAUAUUGUUUGUAUCUUUUCUGAACAAUUUAGACUUUAUUAAUGUUGGCAAUCGGGCCAAUAAUUUCGAGAGCAUCUAUGAACUAAUGUCAUUCGUUUUCUUUACAAUAACUAUUUGAAUCAUUAUCAAUCUUAUUUAACAUUUUUUUAUAUCAAAUGAUAAAUUCGCCCAUAAUUUUAUUAUAACAUAUAGUACCGUAUUAUUAUAUUUUUAAUAUUAUCAAUAAUAUCAUCAUUAUUACUAUUACAAUUAUUACCAUUGUCAUUUUCAUUUUUACUUCUCUCAUUUCAUCAUCGUAUUGUUAUUAUUCGUUUUUGUAUAAAUUUUGUGAAUGGAUGUAAUGUGUUCAUUGCAUAUUGCGUUAUGCAGCUUUUUUAACAUUUUCUUUAUCUCAUAAACGCCUACUUGCUCCGCACUAGACAAUAUAUAUUUAUUUGUGCGACGUUAAGAUUAACUUUAUUAGACCUCCUAUUAAGAUGUAUUUUCUGAUAAUCGAGAGGAAGGGAAGCAAGAGUCUUCAAUUUCUUUAUUUUUAGGUUAUUAAUAAAUUAUACCGUUGCAAUACCUUAUUUAUUUAUAUACAAAUUAUGUAAAAAGCAUUGAAGUAAUUGCAUGUUAAGCAUUAUCGAGUAGUAUUUUUGCUACUCUUAACGACGUUUUACUCUGAACAUACCCAGCAACAAAGAGCAUUAUUUAAAUCUGUUGUAGAGUGUUUUUAAGUGCGUACUUUCUCUCUUAUCGCGCUAUGAUUCACAUGUGCUUCUUUGUUGGCUAAUUUUUUUAAUUAUCAGUCUUUUAUUAAAGCGUAUUCAGUGUAAUCACGUACUAUGUGUACAUGAAAUGUACACUGCCAAAAAUCGGCCGUAAAAAAUCGCAAAAUACAAAGUCAAAAAGUAAAACCUUUAUGCGUGUGUGUGCCUAGCGGAAAACGCGUUGAAGUGCCUUAAAUCCUUUUGUACUGAGACGUCACACGCUAUGUUUUAGAUAAAAAAUUUAGAUUUCUUAUUUUCGAUAUUAAUUGGUUUAUAUAAACCCCCGAAACGCUCUUGUGGUAAAAGAAAACGAAGAAAAAGAGAUAUCGAAUUUUUAUCAUUUGUAUGUACUAUGUACAAAAAGAAAAGAAAUGGAGUACUCUAUACAUAUAAAUAUAUUAUAUUAAAUAUCUAUACAUAAACUUGCGUAAAUGUGCGAGAAUGCAAAAAAAAAUUAUAAUUUGUUCGGAAGCAUGAGAUUUAUUAUAUUUGUGCUGCUUGAAUCAAGGUAUACAUAAUAAACAAACAGAAAGGUGCGAAUCGCUAAUUAAUGUAGACAAAUCGUGCAACCGUUGACUAUUUAGUGUCGAUUAAUAAUUUUUAAGCAUCCCCACGUAACUAGUAAACGUUAUAUGAUGAUGGUCCGGUGAAGAUAAGUGCAUAACAGCGGACGCGCCGAAUCUGACUCGACACAGUCCGUCAAUAUACCGUCGUCAUAGGACCUGCAUUUACAUUGUUCGAUCAAUCCAGUGCCAAGACUGUCUGGCGAAUUUAGAGAUUCUUAUUCGAUUUGUUCUACAAGGAGGGAAUGGGCCACGUUCUCAGAACUGCAUCGAGAACGUCCUGCCUUUGCAGGAGGAUAAGUUAAUGAUUAAAUAAAUAACGAACAAAUGCCGUAGCUGCCUUGCGAGCGAAUCGAGAUUUCGUAGCUUAUUUUUUAAUUCGUCGAUACGUUAUGCGCUACGAAGUUAAGAACUCGCGUCGCCUAACAAUAAAAAUGUUCAAACAAAGCAGAGAAGCGCAUCGAGCUUUUUUUGUUAACCAAGUGUCAUAGCGAAAGCGAUGUCAGGUGUUUCGAUCGACGAGACAUUUCUCGUGCACUUUUAUCUUAUAUUUUUAGAAGCGACGCUUGAUACGUUGAACUGUUUUGUUUCUGCAAAUUUCGCCGAGAACAUAAAUGAAUGAUGAAUAUAUAAAAUGCGGGAGUGAUAGUAUAAAUAAAGAGUGAGAGUGAGAUCUGUUUUAUGAUACACAAUAAAUUAACUGAGAAAAAAAGGCAAAAGAAAUCGAUACGUUGUUGCGAAGCGAAAAGUCGAUUCAAUCUACGUGUACAUUUUGUAAUAUCUUCUUCCUAAUUGUAAUUAACGCAAAAUAAACGGUAGCGAGAGAUUAGCGAGGAUUAAGUUUAGUUUUAUAAGGCACUAUAAUAUAUUACCGAACUUGUGUAAAUAUUUUGGAUGAGUGUUCUAAAUUAAAAGUAUGUUCAAUGCUUAAAA